AUGAGCUCAAACAACACACCGGAGACAUGGCUUGGUCCGCCUAAACCCGCAUCGUCAAAGUCCCAAUCAAAACGCAGACCAGGCCGCGUUUUCAAAAUUCCUCAGCGAAGCAGCUCGUCUCGGUCAGAUCGAACCUCUCGAUCGCGUUCCGGCCCCUACGACCGCCCUUCGAACUCCCCCAGACCCACGCGGUCACAUACUCCCAUUCCAAGAACCAGGAUGUUGUCAAUGUUGGAGGCCCUCCCCGCGGAGGUGAUCGAGCAGAUCUUUCUACAUUCGCUGAAUCUGAACCUGCCUCGAGCCUCGCCGUUCCUUUCUCGCGUUCUCUCUCGGGAGCAUAUGUACCGCACUCUCAUUCUCCUCGCCUUUUGGGAUGACUCGUCUAGCUACCCCGGUAGCGCCACAAUCAGUCAAAUGAUGGUUGGGCCAUUGGAAUACGUUCCUCUGUCACUAGAGGAUAGAACGCGCCUGCAGAAAGAAAUCUUCAAGUGCAAAUGGUUGACGAUGGAACGCGUCCGAGAGCAGGUCCCAAAGAUGCAGAUUUUGACUAUCCACAGGCAAUGGAUCAAUGCGGGUAUUGUAGUGGACAAAGAGCAGCAGAGCGACUUUGAGAAUUUCCUCGCUCGGAAAACCGAUAGGCCUCGGGUGUUCCACGGCCGCGGACCACGAUUGGACAGACUUAUCAAGCAGAUAGUGUCACCAUGCGUCCCCGACAUCAUCGAAGGUCCCAAUGCUACAAGGGAUCGUCCGCAUUCUUACAAUCUUGUGAUAGAGCCAAUGAUCUCGACAAACAUUAGCCUUUCCGGUCUUGGUGCGGCCACAUUUCCCGCGCUCAAUUUGGUGGACUUUCCAGAGCAUCUCCUCCGAGGUCGCCGUGGAUUCUCGUCCGAGGACGUUGCAUUCAUGGAAAUGUUGCGGAUGACCUCAGCCAAUUGGCAUGCCGGUACGAAGAAUAUCGCCCGGACUUCUCACAAUCGCUCAGCCCUACACGAGGGAAUCAAAAAUGCAAUCCGCACUCAGAACUAUAGCGCCAUGCUCUGCCUUCUCAAGCUUGAUGAACACUUCAUGCACUGCCAUCGCGAGGCACAAGGGAGUCAGGACAACCACAUGAUCCCCAAAUCCCACUUUUUGGAGGUUAUUCGUACUGGACGUGACAAACCCCAUCUCAACCUGGCUUUCUUUGAGGCUUUGUUGCGCGCCAGCGCUGAGUCCAUACCAGUUGAGUCAUCUGAACUGACCGAAUGGAUUGUGGAUAACGUGAAUCUUGCAAAGCGCAACCCAACUCCUUAUAACUUGAUGAACGGCAGGUUCGCGCGUUGGUUGUCAGACUGGCAAAUGCGAUUGCCUGGGAUACUCCAACGUCAAGAAGACAUAUGGGCCGGCGAAGCUUAUGGGGAACCCGACCCACCGCUAUUCAUCUUGGGAAGCUUGACCCUGGAGGAUAGCGAAUGCUAUCGUUUCUACAAAGAGGUCCUCCACCCUCAUCGCGAGCCUUUCGGUAACUGGCUGGAGGAGAGUUCGUUCCAGACUGAGGAUUACUGGCUGCAGGAAUCUGGCCCUCCCCGCCCGCAUAAGACGUAG